AAAGAAGGAAACAAACAUCCAUCCAGAAGGAACGGGAGAUAGAGAGAGGUAGGAAGAGAGGAAGGAGGGUGAGGAAGGGAGAAAUAACCCACUUAAACCUGCCUGAAACGGAGGACAACGCCACAUACACACCAGUAAAAGAAAAAGGACAUUACCAACACCUGAAAUCCACCUUUUUCCUCUGCCAGGAUACUUUCCCUGUCGUCUCGCGAGACACUUCAUCGAUUUUUAGCAGCAAUGGCCCAAGAGACGAACCAGAGCCCGGUGCCCAUGCUUUGUGCCAUGGGCUGUGGUUUCUAUGGCAACCCUAGAACCAAUGGUAUGUGCUCUGUAUGCUACAAGGAAAACCUGUCACGGCAGCAGAGCAGCGACCGCAUGAGCCCCCUCAGCCCUAUGGGCUCCGCUGGUAGUCCAUCCUCAGAGGCAUCAGCCAUCCAAAUACUAGAAGCCAGUCUAGCCAAGGUUGAAGCCUCCCCUGCCUCUUCACCAGACAUGUCUAGAAAUAUUCAAGGAUCUCUUCCUGUGACUCAACAAAUGACAGAGAUGAGCAUUUCGAGAGAGGACAAGCCAGAAUCCCUAGAGCCUGUUAUUAGCCAGCCUGCUGCUACUAGCCCUUCUCCUGUAGCUUCUUCCAGCAGUGAAGAAAGCAAGGGUGACACCCCCAAACCCAAGAAGAAUAGGUGCUUCAUGUGCCGCAAAAGGGUGGGCCUUACAGGGUUCGACUGUCGCUGUGGCAACCUUUUCUGUGGCAUCCACCGGUACUCGGACAAGCACAACUGCCCCUAUGAUUACAAGGCUGAGGCUGCUGCCAAGAUCCGCAAAGAGAACCCUGUGGUGGUAGCUGACAAGAUCCAGAGAAUAUAGAUGUGAAAAAACAACAGCUUUGGCGGCAUCGAUGAUAACAACUUUGACAAAGACUUGAGUAUGAGUGUGAACCUUAAAAAACGAGCACCGACAUGAGUGGAGAAGUGAGGAUUGAAUGGACUUGAUUUACAGAAUUACAACCUCAAGAAAAAGAUGGGGAAAAAAGAAGAAAAAAAGACCCUGUCUGAGGGAGAUGCAUGAAUGAUCACUUUCUCUUUUUUUGAUUAAUUCAUUAGUUUGUUUUAUUCUGUUUUCUGUGGUGUGACUUUGCCGCUGUUCAGUCCUUUUUUUUUCUUUUUUUUUAAGAAUAUGUAUUGUCUUAUUAAAAGCAUCCAGGCUAAAUGUCCAGGAUAUGCUGUGCUCCUCUCAUCCAAACCAGGCGCCAUUUUGUGCCAAACCGAAAAACAAUUUUACUCAGAGCCUGUCUUGUGUCAGACACUGGCGGGUCUUUUUAAACAUUCAGACCACACAGUUACAGUCCACACUAGUUAUCUCCCUCAACCUUUUUUGAAUUCAUGACCUGUGCUCCGUUGGUACCGGAGUCAGUCCACGUUUUGGAGAACCGUACAACUGUCCCCAGCCACGCACAAGGGGCUUUGUUACUUUGUCUCUGUCUCUCCUAGCUUUACCUACCUCACAGCUGCUGUGUUAAGCUUUCUCGUCUUCCCUUUUACUUAGUUUUCAUUAGCUUCCAGCCCAGCAGAUCAUCUUGAUAGGCAGCCUCAAUGACCCCUCUGAUCAGCAUGUCUGUGUUGACUUUGAUCGGUUUGAUUGUGAUGAGGCUGCUCCAUUACGGCUGGAGGUAUCAUGCUAGACAGGGACAAACAAAUUACUCCACGUUUCACUGAAUUCUUAACAUUUUUAAUGGUGGUUAUGGGUAAAGGAGCUCUGCGCCCAUAUUGUAAUCACAGACGCCUGGUGCAGGACUGUGUGUGGCCUGAGAGGGAGGAUGGCACCCUUCACUGGCCCGGCCUGGUAGGUGAAUUCAAGCAACAAUAUUGUAGGAGCAUGAAUGAAUGAAUGGGAUAAAUGCAUGAGAUACUUUUCAUCUGCAUUAGUGUUUCAGAAAUAUUUGGCAUCACUCAACUUAGGGUAUCAGACAUUUUAUUUGCUGAGAGACAAUUAUGUAAUAUUUUAUUAGCUUUUUUUUCCUCUUCCAUAGAUAUUGUACUGAUGUUGGCGCAUGUAUUCAGUGCAUUUGUGGAACUAGGGUAUGUGAACCAUGAUUUUUUUUUUUUUUAUGCGCUAACUGACCGUUCAUUUGAGCACAGUGUAUGUGUGUGUGUGUGAGUGAGUGGGUGUGUUGUUGCCCCACCCUGUUGUCUGUGGAGCUACCCGGUUUAUCAGCACAUGUUUACAGAACUACAGGAGCAUGCCAGAGCUAGAUUUAUGAAAAAUAAUAGAUACCAAGAUUAGAUGUAACUUCUCAUCAGUUAAACAGCUAUUGGUCUGUGUGUCUGCUUUAGAGCAAUGUAGAGAAGUGUGUGUGUGCACAUUCCUGUGCAGAAGUGUGUUUUCAUGGCUGCCUGACACAUUCAACCACGUAUGUUUGUGACUUGUGUUACUCCCUCUUUUUUGUCCCCCCUGUAAGGAUGUGUUUUUCAUUUAAAAGACAACUGUAUGUAUCCGUUGGAGUUUUUUUUUUCCUUUCUGAUUCUUAGUUAUAUGCAAAUUUGUACAAAAAAGAAAAAACAACAAACCGUGUUGUUAUUUAUGUAUUACAUAUAAUCUUGCUAUCCAGCAUUACAACAGAAUAGUAUCAUGUAAAUAAAACUGUACAGAGAGACAUUA